CUUGUUAUUGACAAUCCACAGAAUUAGCAGCGCAUCAAAAAAUAGGUGUUCCCUCCCCCAAAAUACACAGGUACGCCAAAGCAUUCGACACGGUUUUGUUGGGUACAAUUGACCUCUUCUCCCUCUAUCCACAGACUCCAUUUCACAUCUGUCUACUUUCGCAACCUCAUUUUCUAGAAUUCCCACAUUCACCUUCUCUCUCUGGGGGUUUUGGUUCAUUCUUCGUUUUCAUGGCGAAUCCCGAGGAAUCGAAUCCCCUUCUGCCCAACCAACCGCAGGUGGACGAUCAAAAGAAACCCACCACCGUUCCCACCACCACUCCUCACCAAGAUGAGCUGGUGAAAUCUUCUCCUUUGCCGCAUGGACCUGCCGGAGUUCCCUUUGGCUGGACCGCGGACGGAUUGCCCUUGGGCCACGGUGGCCUGGGCGGUGAGCCGUUGCGUCGGGAUCAGUGGGACUCCAGUCUCUUUGCUUGUCUCGGCCGCAACGAUGAGUUCUGUAGCAGCGAUGUUGAAGUUUGUCUCGUUGGAAGUGUUGCUCCAUGUGUGCUUUAUGGAAGCAAUGUUGAGAGACUCGGAUCUGGGCCGGGUACUUUUGCAAAUCACUGCUUGCCUUAUUCUGGUAUGUAUCUGAUUGGGAAUUCCCUUUUUGGCUGCAACUGCCUGGCACCCUGGUUCUCCUUUCCUAGCCGUACAGCCAUUCGCCGAAAGUUCAACCUAGAGGGUAGCUGUGAGGAACUUGCCAAAACUUGUGGGUGCUGUGGAAGCUUUGUGGAGGAUGAGGCGCAACGUGAGCAAUGUGAGUCGCUUUGCGACUUUGCAACUCAUAUUUUCUGCCAUCCAUGUGCCCUUUGCCAGGAAGGUCGCGAGCUCCGUCGUAGGCUUCCUCAUCCUGGAUUUAACGCUCAACCAGUCUUGGUUAUGAUCCCUCCUGGAGAGCAGUCCAUGGGUCGUGGGGGAGCCUGAGAAUAUUCUCCAUUAGCAUGCAGAUCGUAACCUACCUAUACUUGUGUGAUGUAUAUGAUAUAAUAUUCUAAACUAUGUUUAACUGUACUACUUUCUGAACUGUUCUUGAAGACCUGUCACUCGGUUCUGAAUCAUGUAUAAAUAAGUUGCUAUGGAAAUGAAGACAGUCUAUGAAAAGAAGUUCUUUUCGUUUUUAGAAAGAAA